AGAACAUAGGCUUUAUAUGAUAUAGGGUUUAAGAGGAUAAUGUCGUGGUUAUAUUUUCUUGCCCUGUUUGCCUCGAAGUGGGAAUAUAGUGUGAUUAGCGUUAAAAAUGAUUUAAGGACGAGGAGAGAAGAUUAUGUUGGCGAUACGAUCUGCAAUUCGACUAUUAAUAUUUCACCAGGCGAAAAGGGAAGCCUGUUUAACGACGAAGGCGGUCGAGAAAACUGCUCUUAUUAUCUCCAGGCCCCAGACGGUUAUGUGGUGGAGUUGACAGUAGGCAUGGUGACGUUUGGAGCUGAUACGUGUAGCGAUAAAUGGCUGUUGGUUCGAGAUGGCGCGAGCUCGCAGGCUCAUUCUGUAUGGGAAAUCUGUAGUAAACACACCGAGAGCGCAAAGAAGGAGCUAUGGCGGGGCCGAAAUAUGUCUAUCGAGUACACAAAUAAAGCCGGAAGUGAGGGAAAGUGGUUUCAGCUGGAUUACACGGGGGUGGUAGACAACUUCUUGCCGCUUCUUCCCCCAACCACCACUGAAACACGUGUUAGCGGCGAUAACGACUGCAGCGACCGGCGACUAAAACCUGAUGGGGACUUUGAGCUCCCGUAUACAGCCCCGGAAGUCGAGGACAAUUAUGUGCCCAUUUACAAGGUCACUAUCGAACACGACCAUAGAUGCACUGGCGGGUCACAGUGUGAGGUGAACCAAUGUGACAAUGGUGGAACUUGUGUGACAAACGGUCAUAAGGAAACCUGUCACUGCAUGAAAGGAUACAAAGGGGAGUUUUGCAGAGAAGGAGGGUCUUUUGCUAGUAACCUGGAAUUCGAGCAACGGCCCCAAGAUAGGACGGUUAAACGACAAAACCAGGCAGUCGCCGUGUGUAUUGUGAAACCCCAUAUAAACGGCGACAUUGUCCUGUAUUCUUGGUUGUUUAAAGGAGAGCCAAUACCGGAGUACAGAGCAUCUACCGGGUAUGGAGACCGACGCAACGGCAUUCUAGAGAUUAAGAAGUUUAAUGAGCAGAACGAAGGACAGUAUACUUGCCUGGCACGGGCAGGGAACCUUACUGUGGAACAUGUUUUCUCCAUGACGAUGGUCAAUGACUGCAACUUAGAGGGUUUCAGGGGACCGACAAAAGAAGAAGAGAUUGUGGGCAACACGGUUUUCCUGACAUGCUCUGUUCUAAAUGCGAAAGAAGUACUCUGGAAAAAGGACGGCGAGGUCAUCGAUUUGGAAAAAAACACAAGAAUGAAGCACCUUUCAAACAACUACUUGCAAAUCUCCAAUUUGGAAUUGGAAGAUGAAGGAGACUACUCAUGCGAAGCUACGGACUUCGAAAAUUGUGGAAGCGAGAAGACGGCGCAUCUCACAGUCUUUCGACUUGGAGCACACAGCAAAUACUGUGGCAGAUCUGUGCACGACCAGACAAGGGAAGAUAGGGUCACACCCUAUAUUUCAAAAGGAGAAGAUGCUUACCUGAAGGAACACCCGUGGCAUGUCACAAUGCUCCGAGUUGAUCAUAACGGAAGGCUGCAACCGUUUUGUGGAGCAACACUGAUAUCCCAGAACUAUCUCAUCACAGCGGCCCAUUGCAUCGCAGAUUACCCAGGAGGGAAGGAAAAAUUCACGCCCGAAAAUAUUAAACUCAAUUUUGCCAGUACUCGAUGUUUCACAUCUAACGUUGCGAAGGCAUUUAAAAGGUAUAUUAUUCAUGAGGAAUUCAACAAGACAGCAACCUAUGAUAGCGACAUCGCAUUGAUCGAACUUGAUGAACCGCUAGAAUAUUCGGCUUAUAUCAGACCAGUGUGCCUUGAAGAUGCGACAUACAACAAUCAAAGAUUUUUGGAAGGUAGACGGUCUUCCGUAUCUAGGGGAAGGGUCGUUGGAUGUGGCUGGCUGACGUCUUCACGCUAUGGAUAUUUCCCCGACAAACUUCAGAGCCUUUAUAUGCCAUAUGUGAACAGGGAGGACUGCAGAAAUAAUAUGAACGAGUCCGGGUACCUACAUCUUCUAACAAACAACACGUUCUGUGCCGGAAGACUUGUGCGCGGCGUGGGUGACCUGUGCCCUGGGGAUGGCGGUGACGGUCUGCUCAUGGAGGCGGUUGGAGAGUUCAGGUGGGUUCUUACCGGCAUUGCGACCUUCGCUGUCGGGGGAUGCGACAAUCCGCUCUUCUACAGUAUGUUCACUAACGUGGGCAACUUCUACGAUUGGAUCAAUGACCACACUCAUUUCACAAAGGAGCAAGUGGAUACGUCGUUUCUGGACGAGUUUCAGAAAUAAGCACUUUGCCACAGCAAAUUUCAGCUUUAAAAUAGUUAAUGAAUUUAAUUGUAUGAGAUAAAACGUGCAUUGGAUCACGUUAUGUUAGUAACUAAAUUGAUAUCAACAUAAGGAUAACUGAAUUGAAUGAUUACGUGUGUAGUUCCGAUAUAACUUCAAUGUUUGGGGGGUUUGUUUUGGUGUAAAAGUUUUUUUUUUAAAUAGCAAUGUUUUCAAAUAUUGUGAUUGCUGUUGCUUGAAGAAAACUAUUUUUGUAAUCUUUAGGAUUUUUUUCGGUAUUAUUAGAGAUAUUGUGCUGCAUGAUAUUUAUAUUUAUAGUGUUAACAAAAUAACCAACAUUUAAAAGACAACAUCUAGUCUAGAAUAAUUUUGUUGUACAAAUACAUUAAAGGCAGCACAUUUUGUGAUGUUGCAGUAAUUAUUGUUGCAUCUCUGAUUUAAAAAUAUUAAACAAAGUGACUGUUCGUAAAGAAGUGUCAAAUACAUAGUACUGUAUAAAAGGACUCCGUACACGCAACGUGUACGGGAUGGAUAUACGGACCCGUACACGGAACAUGUACGGGAUGAAUAUACGGAGUCCGUACACGCAACGUGUACGGGAUGGAUAUACGGACCCGUACACGCAACGUGUACGGGAUGAUUAUACGGACCCCGUACACGCAACGUGUACGGGAUGGAUAUAGGACUCCGUACAAGCAACGUGUACGGGAUGGAUAUACGGACCCGUACACGUUACAUGUACGGGAUUGGAAUACGGACCCCGUACACGGAUGAAUGUACGAACCGUACACGGGAUGGACAAAGAAAGGGUUUGACCGUGUUAGACACGAAUGAUAAGAAAUAACAAAUACAUGCUGUUUUUUAUAAAACAUUAUUUAUAGACAUAGGAAAAACUACUAUUAAUAUAAAUUCAUAAGAUUUAAAAAUAUCAUGUUUAGGUAAUCAAUGUUUAAUGUCAUUCUAGAUCUGCCUUAACAUAAUCAUUUCAUUGUGGCAUUUGCUCACACAAAAUGUUGAAUGAUUAAAAUUCCACUGCCUUGUCAAACAACAGUUUAUACAGACUGUUAAAACACAUAACACAACUAAUAUGAGUGCUAUUCCGCGAUUUCUUGGCUUCAGGCAUUAGGUCAAAUUGCGCACGGACAUCAGGUCACUGAAAAAAGAAAUUAUACAGACACAACAAGCUUGUGGCGUACAGACAUUUGAAAUGCAGAUUUGAUAUGAUACAGCAAUAUGGCAAAUUCAUCACCAUGAAGUUAGAAAACCCCGUGAUAGAAAAACCAUGACCCAACCUAUAUAAGUCUAAGUCUAGACUUGUUAAAAUUGCACUCUCAAAGCAUUAAAAGCUGUAAUCUUUGGCAGUUUUUUAGCAAUUGACUGUGAUCUUUGUGCUUGAAUUUAAGGAAUUUAUACAAAAGUUAGCUAAAUCUGAGACAAAAUAUUUUAUGUCAAAACGGGCAAUCUGAGAGAGUGUAGCUCUAAAAAAUUCAACCAGUCCAUUCCCAGAUGUGAUGAUGAAACAUAAACAUAAAUCUGUGUUGUACAUGACAUUUCUAUGAAAAAUUGUCAAUGUAUGCCAACUAAUAUUCAAUCAAAGUAAAUUCAAUACAUAGCUUGUAUUAAUUUCUAAAGGCAUACAUAUUUAUUAUUUUGUUUCCCCUCAAAAUUGUACCAGCGAGCCAAAAAUUGUCUGUCAAAAUGUCAAACCUUUUAGAUUGCCAUCUUUAUUCAGAUGUGCAUUUAUUCUAAUUAAAAGAUAUUUUAAGCUCACAAUGCUGUUCCUUAAUUAAAAUACCAAACCCACAUUUCAUCAGAAUUAAAGUUUAUCCGGUUGUUCAAUGGUUCACGUUCGAAUUAUAAAUACCUAUGCACGGUUCACAGACAUAAUAACUAACUAAUAAUCGGAUUAUCGAACAAUUAUAUCUUAUAAUAUGCUAGCUCGUAGUCUUACCUCAUUAUUGUUGGGUAUUCUUCCUUGUUGCUAUUUGGCUAAUGUAAUGACACAGAUGAUAUCGAUUCUCGCGCUUUCUGCAUCCCUCUGUUACGAUUGGCUAUUGAUUAUACGCUCUUGAUUGGUUUAAUGACCAGCAGCUAAAUAUUGGCUGAAACUUACGCAUUUCUUGAAAAUUUACACUAAAUAUUAAAAUUGUUCUAUUUACUAUUAUUAUAAUAAUAAUAAUAUUAUUAUUAUUAAAUAAUUAUUAUUAUUAUUAUUAUUAUAUCAGCGUAAAUUGAAAUUAUUAUAGUCGCAUAAAUAUGCAUAGAAAAAAAAAUUGAUGUUGUAUGACUAAAAGCCAAAUUAAGCUGAUUCUGAGACAAAACGUAAAUAAGUAAAAAUUGUCAAACUUAAGAGAGUGCAACUUUAAAGAUAGGGCAUCUUUAUUGCAACUCCCUCAUACCAAUGGAUGAGUCAGAGUCAACCGCUAUCAAUGAAAAUCAUGCAAACUUGAAUUUAAUAAUUAUUGUUCUGGAUUUUAAUAAGUAUUCAGUCUAAUUUCUUCAAAAACAGAUGCCUCUUAUUUUAUAUAUGACGUCAGAGCGAAUUUUAUCAGCAUUAUUCAAGUCAGUUGUCACAAUUGUUUAAAUACAAUAAUUAGUGAGAUAAGGAAGCUGGCUAUUUAUAUAUGUAUUUAUUUUUCAUAGGUAUUUAUUUUUCAUUAUUUCUAUUUAUAUUUUAUUCGGUUAUUAAAUUUCCCGCAGUCUGUCGAAUUAAUUAAUAAGAUUUAGAAUUUGUGUGUUUUAGUUGUAUUUCGUAUAGUUUUAUGACCCACUGGCCAUGUGGUUUUUCAAAGCAAAUGAUCAUGUCACUAAUUGACAUAACGCGCGCUGUCAGUCAAACUAGCCGGCCAAUACCCGACCGACCAAUCAGCGUCCAAAUAAGGCGCGGCUUAUCAGUCGCCCUUUGUUAUCCGCCAUGACCUCCGACAAUCUGCACUUCAGUAGUAUAAUACUUUUUUUUCUAAAUAUGUAUUACAAAUGAGUUCUUUAUGAUUGAGAGAAAGAUUAAACAAAUAACGAGAGCCAAAAACACUGACAUUAACACAAUUACAUUGAUUUUGACUUCCUCUGCAUUUCUUUUACAUACACAAUAAUAAAUGAGUAUUAAAACUGCACUCUCACAGAUUGACCGUUUUGACUACUUUUUUGUCUUGGAAUGAGCCAAUUUUGCGUUAUAUUCUGGAAUUCAAUGAUAUAAGACUGCUGACUAAUGAUCAGAUCACAAUUGCUCAUAUUUAGGUUUGAAAAUGGAUGUUUUAUGGCUAAAAGCGUUACAAUAAUACUAACGUUUUAAAAAAAAACUAAAUAUUUCGGCAGCUUUCAAAACAGUUGAGAUCUGUUAUACUGUGAGGUGUCUUAUAUGACUGAAAUGAAGGCAUUGAUGCCAAAUUUAUCAGAUGAGACCAAACUUAAAAAAAUGUUAAAAUUGUCAAUCUUUCAAGAGCAUCUUUAUUUCAACUCCCUCAUACCAAUGGGAGGAUAAGGGUAAACUGCUUUUAAUGAAAAGGAAUUUCAUAAUAGGAAUCAAACUAUGAAGAAAAUAAGCUAACAAUUAGAGCCAUUUUCAAUAAAAUGAAUAUCAAAACAAAUCUGGUUUCUUCAAAAUUAUAACUUAAUGUAAUUUUAAUAAAAUGCAAUUAGAAAACUUGAAAUUGAUGAAUAUUUUUGUUGUGUUUAAUAAGUAGUCGGUCUCUUUUAACGCCUUAUCUUAGAUAUGAUCUUCUUUUAUCAGCAUUCAUCAAAGCAGAUGUCACAGAUAAUAUAAAAUCGUUUAAAUACAAUUUUAAGUGAGAUAAACCUGCUGGAUAUUUAUUUACUUAUUUUAUUUAUUUAUUUACCAUUAUUCAAUUCAUGCAUAAUAUGAUAAAACUAUUUUCCUCAGCUUGUCGAUGAAAUUAAUUAAUAUUUUUAAUAAUUCGUGUUUCGUAGAUUUAUGACCCACUGGCCAUGUGGUUAUGAAAACAAAUGAUCUCCGUGCGACAUGCACCAAUUAAAAAGGCCAUAAAAGUACCCGAGAAAAAGACAGUGAUGACACUUCUUAAUUAUAUUAGGUGCCACCUUUCAAUAUAAAAACAACAUAUAUUAGUUAUGCACCCAGUUUCUUCGGUCACCCAUAAAUUGAAACAGUCGUCUGUGGACUUAUCAGAAAAAUGUAUUAGUUAAUUCCUACGAUUUACUAGAAGUGAUAUAGCCUUAUGUGUUUAUAUAUACGAGGGAACCGAUGUUUCGAACGACCCGAUUUUCAAUUCUCCAGUCUGUUAUGAACUAUAUUUCAGUGUAUUUUAAGUUUGAAGUCGUCUGUUUACUAAGACACCGAUUAUGUGUUGCGUUGUGGAAAUCGCUUAUAUGUUCAAAGGCUGUCGUAUACUAUAUGUAUACUAAAUAUACAUUUUAAAAGAAAUAUCAAUAAAUUAAUAAAUAGAAAUUUUAUUUUUACAAAAUUGUCAUAUUGCAAAGCAAAGUGACAAGUACUCAAAUAUGAUGCCGCAUCAAGUCUGGUUACACUCAACUAAAUUGAGGAGAUUAGUUUUUUAGUGAGCCAAAGUUGUUGCCCUUUUAUAAAUUGUUCGAAACAUACAUUUUUAUUUUUUUUUUGGUUGUUUUUAUAUUUUUAUUUGUCUUCUACAUGUACGGUACUCUAUUACUACAAUAUCCUUUUCCAGAACUUAUUUUAAUUUGUUAAAAUAUAACAAAUAAAAAAAUUAAUAAACACCUAAUAAAUAAAAUAGUCGUACCAUAUGUGUGAGCACGUGAACGUAAUAUUGUAUAUUUUUUGUGUAUAUGCUAAUGCUGCCCUAUAUUGGGCCUUAUGCUUAUAAGAAAUAAAAGUUUGAAAAAAGUUU